GUCAGUGAGUCAGGCACAUCGAGAGAAUCCAAGCAGGACAGACGAGAAAUGAACUAUCUAAUGACUUGCUACAUCUGAGUACAUUCUCAAAUACCCUGCAGUCGAGACCCAUGAAUAAGGAUUGCAUUAUUUUUUUCCCCCAACCUUGGCAAAUCUGGCAAUAAUUUUGUCUGCCUUGACACAUUUGUGUAGAUUUGAUAUGCUUGCUUUUAAUUGGCAUUCAUUGGUUUCGUUUCACUCCUGAUUUUUGUUAAUUAUCUGGAAUGUGAGUUGCACGUCUCAGCGUUUCAUUGCAUCGAAAUCAAAUUGUGCAUGUGGAAUUACUAGGAAGCACGACGAAAGAAACAGCAGGAGAACUGGAGGAGAGAAAGAAGAAACAUAUCUCCAGCAUCAACAUGUUCUUCUGAAGAUGGGACUGUGCGAAGCGAGGACAAGCUCACCUAUUUCAAACCAUCAUCCAUCUGCCACCGUGCUCUGAUGAUCACAUUUCCUUCUUAAUCCGGAAAACCAAAAUAGAGUUGGAGUGAAAAGAGAACGGGAAAACUAAGUCCAGCCUUAAAGCAGCACGAAUUUAUUGGGAAAGUAAACUCUUGCAGCAACAAAACGACUCUGGAAAUUGAUUUUGGAGCUGAGUUGAAGCCACGAAUUUCCAUGCAGGCUCCCAAAACACGUUGUCUCCACACUCAUUGACGGAUUCACCUAUAUAGUCCACUGGGCUGAAGCACAUUCAGAGUCCAGAGCUCCUCCAACCUCUGGGAGAAGAUCCCACAGAUCUUUGAUGAGAGUAAAUAGAUUUGAAAUGGCGAGUUGGCGCUGUGGAAAUGGAUUGGGAAUUCUGCUGAUGUUCUUAGUGGAUUUACUCGGGAUCACGGCGACCAACAUGGAGCCCAUCUACUGGAAUUCCUUGAACAAAAGGUUUAUUGAUGACAAGGGUUAUGUCCUGUACCCUCAGAUCGGGGAUCGCUUAGAUCUCAUUUGUCCAGCAUCAGAACCCCCUGGCCCCCGGGCCCCCGCCGAGUAUGAGUACUAUAAACUGUACCUGGUGUCUUCACGGGAACAGGCAGACAGGUGUGAAGUGACCGGGGCCCCAAAUCUGCUGCUCACCUGCGAUAAACCCAACAAUGACAUGCGUUUCACCAUCAAGUUUCAGGAGUACUCGCCAAACCUGUGGGGCCAUGAAUUUAAAACCAAUCAGGACUACUUCAUCAUCGCUACAUCAGACGGGACGCGUCAGGGACUGGAGAGCAUGAGAGGAGGAGUUUGUGCUACACAGGGCAUGAAGGUGGUGCUGAAAGUGGGACAGAGUCCAUAUGGCCUCCCAGCCAAGCCCCCCAAAGCCGACCCAGCGGGCCGUAUCAACAACCCAAAUCCAGGUGCUGGAAACAACACACAUCCCAAAAUUCCCCCUAGAGAAUCGGGUGGAGAAAAUGGUCCCCUCCCUCCCUCCAACAUUGCCGUUAUCGCGGGUGCAGCCGGAGGUUCUGCUUUCCUCCUUCUCGUCACUGCUGUGAUCUGCGUGGUGUGUUACCGACGACGACAUGCCAAACAUUCCGAAUCGCACCACCCUCCCCUUUCCCUCUCCUCCCUGACAUCACCCAAACGAGGUUGUGGCGGGGGCGGAGGAGGCGGCAACAACAAUGGCUCGGAACCUAGUGACAUCAUCAUCCCACUGCGGACUUCUGACUCCGCCUACUGCCCGCACUAUGAGAAAGUCAGCGGGGACUAUGGCCAUCCAGUCUACAUCGUACAGGAGAUGCCCCCUCAGAGCCCUGCCAACAUCUACUAUAAAGUAUGAGAACCAGAGACGACCUUAACAAGACCACACCAACCUUAAUGACUACCUAAAACCCACCCCUAGCCCCGACCCAGCAGUUCACCAUGUGACUGCGGAAUUCUGAGUCCCUUGUAGAUCAGAUUAUUUUACCUUCACACACAUUUCUCCAACACAGACUGUGUGGGGUCAGGUGUGUGUGUUAUCAUUCCAUGCAACUCCCCCCGACUUUGGCCUUUUGUUAGAGAGAGGAUGUCCUGAUGUGAGGGCCUCCUUCUCUCUAUCCUCCCACAGGGAGAAGUUCAUAAAGCUAAAGAAGACCUCCUGGAAUGAUUCAGCCAACUGAGUAAACAUGAAAACUCCUUGUUUUAUUGGAGGAAUUCUGAAGCACAAGCAUCGAAACUUUGUCUUUUCUGAUGUACUUGAAAAUCAAAUAAAAUAAACCAACAAAAAAGAAAAGAAAACUCAACUUGUUUAAACCUAGAAAGACUUCAUGUGAACUUGGACUUUUAAUGCUACAUUUACUCACAAAUAGCAGUCUAGCUUGUGUUACUACUUCUCUGUCGAGGGGAGGGGCCAUUGAUUCAGCUAAUCGGCACACAGGGCUGCAGUCACCUGAUCUAGGACCCAUGUGUUUGAUUGGUGGAGUCUUAUUGGCAUGGAGAAUCUUGUAUAUUUUAAUAACGUGUGUAUUUUGUGAGUGUGUAGGAUAAAGAUUCCGACACUGCUGUUGCACAUGUUGCAACUAGUGUGCUUCAGUAAAACUUGCGAGUGUUUGUGUGAGUGUGAAUCAGUGCGCGUCUGAGUACAGUGUUAGCGUGAACAUGGGUAUGCGUGUUUGUUAGACUGUUUUAAAACCAAAACACAAAAUACGAGCGAACAUCAAAAAGUGUUUUUAUCGUUUUCAACACAUAGACUAUAAUUAUAUAUGAAUACUCAGUAAAUAAUUAUUUUUUUUUCCCAAUGUAGUUACUGUUCCUUUGCUAGGCCUAAUUUUUAUUAAAGAAAAAUUAUGACAUGCUGACCUUGUUUCUUCCCCUUUUGAGUUGUAAAUUAAUUUUAAUACUUUUAUUCUGUUGCAGAAACCGAGUUUGAUUGGUUCUGUUUCUCCCCUCAUUUUCCUCUUUCCCAGGAGUCCUCCACUCUACACAUAUAUUUUUAUAGCUCCUUGUACUCUGAUAUAGUUUUGAAGAUAGACCUCGUUUGUGAACGUGUUGAGGUAGAACAAUCUGAGUUUUUUAUUAUUAUUAUUAUUAUUAUUUUUAAAGGCGCUUUUUUUAACAAAAAGGGGAAAAAAAUAGAAAGGAGGGAAGAAUUCGAGGGGGUGAAUUAAAAAAGAAUGCAUUCUCUGCCUGUUGGGAAAGCAAACGAAUGAGCAAGGAAACUUUUAGAAAGACUAUGAAAGAAUUGCACAUUAAAAGAAAAAAUAAAUAGGGGUAGGAGUUGGGGGGAGAGAAAAAAGUUGUUUGAAGGAGGAUAGAGAGAGAGGGAGUGUAGCAAAGGAGAGAGGAAUGGAGAGAGAUAGGAAAGGUUUUUAAUAAACUCUUGGAAGAGCUCGUCUGAAACGGUGGAGGAGGCAGAUGUGAGCACGGCGGUGUUCUGAGGUAGGGAGACAGACGGAUGAGGGGAAGAAAAAACUCAUUCUCUCUGAUGGACAACAGGAUAGAUGGACACUCAGAAUUACUCUCUUACAGAUACUCAGUGCUCUUUUUUGUUCAUGCAAAGUGAAGUGGAAAUAUUUAAAGUCUCAUUUCAAAUUCUUGAGAAUCUCCGAACACGUCUCAAUAUAAUGCAGAUGUGAGCACACACACACACACACACUCGGAGAAAGACUCAAUGGCUGUGGCACACAAAAAAAGCUUUUGUAAAGAGAAACAGUCACACGCACAGACCGAAUACACAGUCAAAAGCCAUUCUGAUUGGCCAUAUAUGCUAGUUACCUCAACAAAUAGAGUCUGAUUAGCAUCACUCUUAAUUUCACACUUAUAAUAUCUCUCUUUCUUUCACACACACACACACACACACACACACACACACACACACACACACACACACACACACACACACACACACACACACACACACACACACACACACACACACACACACACACACACACACACACACACACACACACACACACACACAAUCAUGCAUCUCUGUUAGUGCCAAUCUCUCUUAAGCCCAAAACACACUCUACACAAGUACAUGAACACAAACACGUCCAGCACCGCAAGCUCGAUUUCAUGCAUUGUUGCAUUCUGAAUGUUUCUUUAUGAGUUGCAUUCUCAGUAUGGCCACAACUAUAGCAGGCAUUAGCAUAAAAAAUAUCUCCUUCUAUGGUUGGUUGUCUUUCAGGUCAAUUGAUUUGGCUGAGCAGCAGUUGUUAUCUUCCCAUAUAAUAACACUUACAUUACAGAAUGCAAGUUAUGUAUGUACAAUGGGACUGCGCAUUUGUAUUUGCAAUGUAUUGCCAAACAUUUGCAUCUGCAUUUCCGUACAUGCAGGAAGUACGUUUCUGGCCUUAACAGUGUUCUGAGUGUGCUUAAGUGAGUGUUCUACACUACCAUUGUGUGUGUGUCUGUAUGCCUGUAGAGGAAUGUUAGAUGGUAGCAAUGAAAUACACUGCAUACACACUCAAAAAAAUAACAAGCCAUUCAUACCCAAAUAUGUUGGUAGUCUUACUUUGCAGAUGUGUUUUGUGACUGACGCUGAGUCUGAACAAUCUGUUACUGUUUUCAAUCUGCCUAUAAAGCCUAAUUAUCUCUCUUUCAAAAACAUUUCGUUUUGUAUCACUCUGCUGUUUUCCUGUCACACUGAUGUUUUCUCUUACACAACAAUUGGAUUUUGUUACUUCAAUAUCAAGUUGCCUAAAAUGUGGAAGUGUUAUGUUUGUUCAGCACUGUUGUAUUUGUGGGCUGUUUCUUACAUAUUUAAACGUUCAAUUUUGGUUAUUUCCAAAUUAUGUUAAAGAUACUAAAACAAUCUGUGUAAGCCAUGUCUCUGACCCUGUGCACAUGGACUUGAAUACGUGUGCGUAUGCGUGCAGAUGUGUGUGUAUGUGUGUGUGUGUGUUUGUGGGCAUGUCCAAAACACACAACUGAGAAGCUGUGGACAUCGUUCAAUGACAGACCGACGUGGAGGGAAGUGUUUGCAGGUGCUGUUGAGUUUAAACGAAACAGCUACAUCACAGAGGACACAUGAGGACACACAAACACUCUCUGCCCACCAUCGUCCCUAUUUUGGGUCUUGUUUAUCGAACAUCUGGCCUCAGAAAGGUUCAUCUUCUGUCUUUUCCAUUGAACAGUUCUUUGUGCACUUGCUUUCACCAUGAACGCUGGGACUAGUAUACUGUACGCAGAUAAAAGCGGGGGACGAACCACAAAAUGUAUAUUUUUUAGAGAACGCUUCAGUGUGUGUAUGUGUUUCUCUGUGCCAAUAGCCAGUGGGUGGUGGCCAUUUUAAAGAGCUCCAUUCCUCUCCAGUGAUGUGUUCAGAUGUUUGUAAAACACCAUGUUUGUGUGCAAUGUUUUCUUUUCUGUGCCCAUUCCUCCAUCUUCCUCCCUUUCCACUCUCUUGAUUUCCCUCCUGCAUACAUGCCGUUUAAAAGGGUUAAACAACUAAUACAUUCCUUUGAAGAAAUGUUGAUUAAAAACACACACACAAUUUUUUUUAAGCUGCAUUCUUUGAUCUUUCAAGUGCUAUUUAUAUGUGAUUGUGCUUGUAUGCAUAGAAUUACACUGAUCAGCCACAACAUUAAAACCAUCUGCCUAAUAUUGUGUAGGUCUGCCUUGUACCGCCAAAACAUCGCCAGCCUUCAUCUCAGAAUAACAUGCUGAGAUUAUAUUCUUCUCACCACAAUUUUACAGAGUGGUUAUCUGAGUUAUCGUAGACUUUGUCAGUUCUAACUAGUCUGGCCAUUCUCUGUUGACCUCUCAUCAACAAGGUGUUUCCAUCUGCAGAACUGCCACUCACUGAUGUUUUUUGUUUUUGGCAUCCUUCGGAGUAAAUUCUAGAGACUGUUGUGUGUGAAAAUCCAAGGAGAUCAACAGUUACAGAAAUACUCAAACAAGCCCAUCUGGCACCAACAAUCAUCCAUGCAAUUAUAUAAUCAGCCAAUCAUGUGGCAGCAGUGCAGUGCAUAAAAUCAUGCAGAAAUGGGUCAGGAGCUUCAGUUAAUGUUCACAUCAACCAUCAGAAUGGGGGAAAAAUUUGAUUUCAGUGAUUUGGAGCAUGGCAUGAUUGGUGCCAAAAACUAAAAAUAUCCAGUUAGCGGCAGUUCUGUGGAGGGAAAUUCCUUGUUGAUGAGGAGUUCAACAGAGAAUGGCCAGACUAGU